UCGACAAAAAAACAAAUUUAAAAUUUGUAACCAAGAAAUGCUUUAACAUUUGCCGGAAAUCUUUAUUUGUACCAGUUUAAAACAAUAUUUUAUAAUACAAAUUCGAUCAGCAAAGUUUUUGACUAGCUGGAUAGUCAAAAUUAAAAAAAUAUAUAAAAUAUAUAGCGGAAGAGUCCACACGAUUAAUUACGGACGGAGCCGAUUCAGCGCCCUUCAGUCAUCAAUCCAUAAUACUAAUAGUGUUGCACUAAAAUUAAUUGCGAUACUAACAUUUGCUUUAUCUUUAAAUAUAUAGUAAAAUAAGCAGCCUGAAAAAUGAAUUUGAAAAAUUCCAAAUUCUUUAAGCGAAUCCAAGAGUUGCGGCGUCUUUCCAAAGAUAAAAUACGCAAAGAAAAAAAUCGCGGUGUGCAUAUUGAUUUUGAAUUGGAGAGUGCACUGAAGGAGCGAAAUGGCGACUGUGAAAGCUCCGUACAGCAAAAAGGCUGUAACGGCAAUGAAAAACUGAAGAGUGAAAAAUACGAUCCGAGCGAACAUUUGGAGAAAAACCAAGACGUGUCCGAUGGCUUAAUCCAGUUGAAUAAUGUGUGCUUCCGUUUAAAAUGCGCCAGUAUACCGAAAUCUUCCCAGAUGUCAAGGGAUGACCAACCAAAUAUAUCCAUAAAAGGGAGCAUAUGUGUAUCCAAUUCGCGUUACAGCAUGAUUGGCCGAGUAUCAAAAACAUUGGGCUUUAAGGUCGUUAAAGAAGCUAAGCUUUGGAAUAUUUUGUGGACCGAUACACUGCCCGGAGUAGAAUUGUACAAGAGUAUGAAGCGUUUUCAACAAAUCAAUCACUAUCCAGGUAUGAUGGAGAUCUGUCGCAAAGACUUGCUCUCGCGCAAUCUGAAUCGCAUGCUAAAGCUGUUUCCACGCGAUUACAAAAUAUUUCCGAAAACAUGGAUAUUCCCAGCAGAUUAUGGUGACGCUUUAAACUAUGCCAAUAACAACUACAAGAACAAGGCACGUACGUUUAUUAUCAAACCGGAUUCGGGCGCUAUGGGUCGAGGUAUUUGGUUGACAAACGAUUUGAAAUCUAUAAAUCCCUCAGAGCGCAUGAUUUGCCAGACAUAUAUUAAUAAGCCUCUAUUGAUUGAUGGCUACAAAUUCGACUUGCGCGUCUAUACUCUAAUAACCUCUGUGGAUCCAUUGAGGAUCUUUGUUUACAACGAAGGCUUGGCGCGCUUCGCCACCAGCAAAUAUGUGGAGCCAACAACUGAGAACAGUUGCGAUCUCUUCAUGCAUCUGACCAACUAUUCGGUGAAUAAACGCAGCUCUCAAUAUGAUUUGUGUGACAAUGAUGAUUGCGGCAGCAAGCGAAAAUUUUGUGCCAUCAACAAUUGGUUGCGACGUCGUAACUACGAAGUGGAUGAGUUUUGGCAGAAGAUAGACGAUAUUAUCAUCAAGACAGUACUAAGUGCUUGGCCAAUGUUGAAACAUAACUAUCACGCCUGUUUUCCGGCGCACGAUAAAAUCCAAGCAUGCUUCGAGAUACUCGGAUUCGACAUAUUAGUCGACUCGAAGAUGAAACCGUACGUCCUUGAGGUAAACCAUUCGCCUAGUUAUCACACGCAUGAGCUGGUGGAUCGACAAGUGAAGAAAGCACUAAUAAGAGACACACUGUUAAUGGUAAGCACGCCUCUAGCCGAUAAAAAGCAGAUACUACGUGAGGAUCGAAAACGCAUAAAACAACGGUUGCUGAAAGUGAACAAAGCUGACACAACUUUGAAUACUCAGCGGCAGCCAGCAGCAACGAAUACUGAGAAUAAUAGUACAGCAAGGACUGGCGACGAGCCGCCACUGCUGGACGAAGGAACGCAUGAUGCUGGACUUAGCGCGCUUUCUCAACAGAUUGCUUGGGAAGAGAGUCAUCUGGGAGACUUUCGUCGCGUUAUGCCACCACAUGAUUCUGAUCGACUAAAUUAUUAUUGCCAGUUCUUUGCUUUGCAGAAUCAGGCGUCCAUUUAUGGUGAGACCGCGGCAAGCAAGAAGCGGGAGGAAGUUGCAAAGAAAAUGCGUCUUGAAAUUGAGGAAAAGCGCCAACGUCAAUUGGAGGUGCUCUCCGGUCAAAGGCGACGUAUGAAGCUUGAAGAGCGUCGUCGUAAACGUGCCUCCAUGCCACGUGCAAUCGUUGAGCGCCAUCGGCUAUCACGCUUUCGGGCACAAGAGAAUUGGACUCCUGGUUUUAUAUCAGAGGCGGAAGAGCGCUUGCGACGCACUUGGAUGCAGAUGCGAAGUGAAAUGCUGCGCAACAACAAAAUCGUACAGAUGAUCUAUAAGGAUUUCUACAACGGUGGCAAUCUAACCAAUGCAGAUAUCAUAACUUAUCCAGAAUUGUAUCGGUGUUUGGAGCGUGGCGCGGAUAUCAUGAGCGACUAAAUAUGUUGUGAAGCGUUAAAGGAAAUUUGCAACUGAUCGAAUGUCAAAAGUUAUCGUUGCCUAUCUUGAUCUAGCAAUAUUGCUGGGUUUUCCCCGAUUCAUAAAUACACAGUAUAAAUAUCUGUGAGAUUUACACUUAUACAUAUGUGAUAUCUAAAUGUGCUGAAGUGUUUUAUUAGACCAUAGACCAUAGUGUAUUGUUUACUUUUGAAUGUUUUUUGUAUUUUGAUCUUGACGUUUGAUUAUGUAAUAUAUUGUGGUCAUAUUUAAAACCCAAACCUACAACGACUUCAAACAUACGCAACUAGAUUUUAAAAGACAUUUUCUCUCCAAUAGAAAUUCAUGUAUAUAAAUAUAGCAAUUU